ACUUCCUUCAGCCUAUUUUCGACGGUUAGGUGACCCGUUCUCCCACAAAAAUCAAGAAAAAAAUAGGCGAAGUCCCUGUCUCCAGCCUGCAGCAGCUCCAGAAAAACGACAUCUUGGGGACCAAAAGCUUUUGAAACCCGUCGCAAUCCAAUAUAAAGACACAUUCCGACGAUUUGGAAAGCCUGAAGAUGGCAGAUUCGACGACGGAGAUAGAUUUGGACUCGGUCAUUGACCGUUUGUUGGAAGUGCGGGGCAAUCGACCGGGGAAGCCUGUACAGCUUCAGGAAUACGAAAUCAAGUACCUAUGUACCAAGGCAAGGGAAAUAUUCAUUAAUCAGCCGAUUCUGCUGGAGUUGGAGGCGCCGAUUAAGAUAUGUGGUGAUAUUCAUGGACAAUAUUACGAUUUACUCCGACUUUUCGAGUACGGCGGCUUUCCCCCAGAGGCAAACUACCUGUUCCUGGGCGACUACGUGGACCGGGGGAAACAAUCCCUUGAAACCAUCUGUCUACUCCUCGCGUACAAGAUUAAAUACCCAGAAAACUUCUUCAUUUUACGAGGAAAUCACGAGUGCGCGAGUAUAAAUCGGAUUUAUGGGUUUUAUGACGAAUGUAAACGUCGAUACAACAUUAAACUGUGGAAAACGUUCACCGAUUGUUUCAACUGCCUGCCAAUCGCAGCCAUCAUUGACGAGAAGAUUUUCACGAUGCACGGUGGUCUCAGUCCUGAUUUGCAGUCGAUGGAGCAGAUACGGAGAGUAAUGCGGCCUACGGAUGUUCCCGACACUGGCCUGUUAUGUGAUCUGCUGUGGUCCGAUCCUGACAAGGAUAUCACAGGUUGGUCAGAGAAUGACAGAGGGGUAUCGUUUACCUUCGGGCCGGAUGUGGUGUCGCGUUUCCUGCAGAAGCAUGAUAUGGACCUGAUUUGUAGGGCUCAUCAGGUUGUCGAGGAUGGGUACGAGUUCUUCGCAAAGCGCCAUUUGGUAACACUAUUCUCGGCGCCUAAUUAUUGCGGAGAGUUUGACAAUGCUGGCGCGAUGAUGAGUGUUGAUGAGACAUUGUUAUGUUCGUUCCAAAUCUUGAAACCUGCGGAAAAGAAGGCAAAAUACCCAUACGGUGGGAUGAACAUGGGGCGGCCUGUGACACCGCCGCGCAAGCAGAAGAAGAAGGAAGGACGAAUGGGCUGAACGGCUUUUACGUUCCAGUGAACCUUUGCGUCUUAUGUCGAGGAGCACCCCGACUUCCUCUCCUUUGCCGUCUCACAAGCUCCCCUUCAUCGUUGCAUAGUGUCCCUCGCUCCUCCACGGACUACGUAGGUGCCGUUGCUUUUCUUUGUUAUAAUGUGAGACUAGGUACGC